AUGGCUGUUUUACAUUCGGGAAUGUCCCCUUUGUUGAUUGAAACUGCCCCUCGAAGCACUGAUCCGCCAUCAUCAACAGACGAUGGCGGAGUUGGUGGCUUCGAGAUGACAGAGCUCCACCAUGCUCCCUCCAAGUUGGUCCUGGAUGAGUGUGGAGAUUACCCUCCCGUGCGGAACUUUCAAGAUGCCAAAACCAUAUGUGUUAUGGAGUCAUCCAAGUUGUGGGGGAUUGCAGGUCCUAUUGCAUUCAACAUCCUCUGCAAUUAUGGGGUCAAUUCCUUUACCAAUAUAUUUGUUGGACACAUUGGGGACGUUGAGCUCUCUGCUGUUGCCAUUUCCCUCUCUGUUAUUGCAAACUUCUCUUUCGGCUUCUUGCUUGGAAUGGGAAGUGCAUUGGAGACACUCUGCGGGCAAGCUUUCGGCGCAGGGCAAGUUGAAUUGCUCGGGGUAUACAUGCAACGAUCAUGGCUCAUCUUGCUUGGUGCUUGCUUCUUCUUGCUGCCGCUUUACCUCUACGCCACGGAAAUCCUGAAGCUCCUCGGAAUCGAGCCCGACAUCGCUGAACUGGCCGGCAGAUUCACCAUUCAGGUCAUCCCCCAGAUGUUCUCUCUGGCCCUCAACUUCCCUACCCAGAAAUUUCUGCAGGCGCAGAGCAACGUUGGGUUCUUGGCGUGGAUUGGUUUUGUGACUUUCGUCAUCCACAUAGUUCUGCUCUACUUCUUCAUCUACAUCUUCAAAUGGGGGCUGACUGGCGCUGCUGUGGCUUACGACAUCUCGGCUUGGGGAUUGGCUCUGGCUCAGGUGGUUUACAUCGUUGGAUGGUGCAAGGAAGGCUGGAGAGGGCUGUCCUGGUUAGCGUUUAAGGACCUCUGGGGUUUCUUCAAACUCUCCAUAGCUUCAGCUGUGAUGAUUUGUUUGGAGAUUUGGUAUUUCAUGACCUUAAUUGUGCUUACUGGACACCUUGAAGAUCCUAUCAUCGCAGUUGGGUCUCUUUCUAUAUGCAUGAACAUUAAUGGAUGGGAAGGGAUGCUCUUCAUCGGGAUCAAUGCGGCCAUAAGUGUUAGGGUCUCAAAUGAGCUUGGAUCAGGACAUCCUAGAGCAACCAAGUACUCUGUAAUAGUAACCUGCACGGAGUCUCUCCUCAUAGGAAUAUUUAGCGCGGGAGUAAUUCUAGCAACCAGAGAAGAUUUUGCUGUCAUUUUCACUGACAGCAAUGAGAUGAAGAAAGCAGUAGCUGACUUGGCUUAUCUUUUAGGGAUAACAAUGAUCCUUAACAGCAUCCAACCUGUCAUCUCAGGUACUAUAAAUCAAUUUUUUUGGAAUAGUAAUUUUGCUUGGAAAGGGGCAAGUUUAAAAAAAAUGGCUCACAAUUUGACUUCAGGAUGGUUGUUUGCAUUUUUUUUUUUGGGUCCAGGGGUUGCUGUUGGAGGAGGGUGGCAAGCUUUAGUGGCUUAUAUAAACUUGUUUUGUUACUAUGCUGUUGGUUUGCCUCUUGGCUUUUUCCUUGGUUACAAAACAAGUAUGCAUGUGAAGGUAAUUCUGUUUUGCUUCUUUUAUGGUUAA